AGUGUCAGGGAGUGUCUGAGCGUUGUCGCUGAAGGUUGGAGCAUCUGCAUGAACAAUGAGCCGCCUCUCAAGAAGGGAGAUACUGAAGAGAAACCACGGACAGGACGGGAGGGAAUGAAGAGGAGACGGACCACUGCGGUGAUUGGCGAUAUUUACAGUUUGAAUGACCUCUAACGACACUGGGCAUUUCUGAUCCAACUUGACUGGGACUUCUCUGGAGCGUCCUCCUCCUGCCUAUACCUGUCAUGUGCUGCUGGGCAUCUGCUGGAGCUGGCUACUUAAACCUGGAAUCUGCAGCGGAUUAUCAGUGAGAGAAAUCAGUCAGGAACAGACUGGAGGGAUGCUGAGGACAGCCGUGGGUUCAUUGGACGAGAGAGACGAGGAACAAGAGGAUGAAGGGGAAGAGGACAUGCGGGAUGGAGGGGUGCCCUUCUAUGUCAACCGAGGAGGCUUCCCUUUGGACGAGGAGACUUGGGAGAGGAUGUGGCGACAUGUGGCCCGGAUUCAUCCAUCGGGAGAGGAUUUAGGCAAGAGCAUCCGGGGUGCCACUGACCUGCCUAAGAUUCCAAUACCAAGUGUGCCUACAUACCAGCCUACCACCACCAUCUCACAGCGCCUGGAAGCCAUACAGAAGUACAUCAGGGAUUUGCAGUACAAUCACACUGGAACACAAUUUUUUGAAAUCAAGAAGAGCCGCCCUUUAACCGCGUUAAUGGACAUUGCUAAGGAGAUGACACGUGAGGCCCUGCCUAUCAAGUGUCUGGAGGCUGUAAUCUUGGGAAUUUAUCUCACCAACAACAUACCUGGAGUGGAGCGCUUCCCUCUCAGCUUUAAGUCCCAGUUCUCAGGGAACCACUUCCACCACAUCGUGCUGGGGGUCCACAGCGGGGGCCGGUUUGGAGCUCUGGGAAUGAGCCGCAGAGACGAACUCAUGUUCAAGCCGCUUGAGUUCCGGACCCUUAUGGACCUGCUGCAGGAGUUCCAAGGGGCAUACAGGAGCUACUGGCACACCCUGCGCAAGGUCAGGAUAGGCCAGUAUGUGUCUCAUGACCCGCACAGUGUGGAGCAGAUUGAAUGGAAACACUCCAUCCUGGACCUAGACAAGCUGAGCAAAGAAGAGCUAAGGAGAGAGCUGGAGAGACAUACGCGGGACAUGAGGCUCAAGAUCGGAAAGCCUCCUCCGUCCCCCACCAAAGACAGGAAAAACAGCAUGGGUUCUCCCCUCAAAGGCCCGGGCAGUCCCAUGCGCAGGAUAAGCAGAGUGGAGAGGCGUCCUUCAGCUGAGAAGAAGGUUUUGGAUCAACAAUCUUCUGGGGACAUAAAUGCUUAUCAGAUUCGUGUCUGAAUUUUAAAUACCUGUAUUUAUUUUUGAAAGGAAGUUUUUUUUUAUGCACAUUGGCUUAUUCACAAAGCACUGUUUUGAAUAGGUCACCAGCAACCCUUUCCUCUGCAACUAAAUUAUCGUGUCUUGAGUUUUUUCCGAGGACUUGGGGGGUUUGGGAUUUUAAAAAAUAUGGUACCUUGUGGAUGCUAGGAAAAAGACACAAAUGUACCAAUGAUUCAGUGUUAAUGUGCUUCUAGAUGUUUUUCCUUUUCAUUGAAUAUUUUCAGUAUAAGCUCCAAUAGCUCCUCUGCAAUGCAAUCAACUUUGGUUUACAGUUAGUGUGCAAAUGUGUUUAAUGUUGUUUCUACUGAUCAACUGCUCAUAUAGUAGUCUGUAAACCCCUGUGCCUUGAACCCUUGAGGGAGAUAAAGGACCUUCUGUAGAUGCUUUUGACAAUUUAGAAGUAGGAAGAUAAACAAUGUGAAAAGGCAAUGUCAUUUUUUGUAGCCCAGGUAUUGAUACUGAUUGAUUGAACUAAUGUAUUAUGUACUAAUGUAACCAUUUUGUCUUGAAUGUUUAUUUAAAACCCGUUAUUGAUUUGUUCCUUGCCUUAAGUGGUAUCAAUUUCGUGGCACUUUGUAUAUCUUUUAUUGUAGGUUUUGAAUUACCUCCUUCAGUAUUGUCCCAUCUGUGGCUUUCCAUACUUAUACAUGUUUUCACUGUAGACUAUAGACAUUUUUGUAUCUACUUUAUUUCAAUAAAGUAUUACCUACUGGUUCCUUUUAAUUG